AUGAUAUUUAUANCUCUCCGGCUAGACAUUAAACGUCGCCUAACGGCGAGAUCUGAUCGAGUAAAAUGUGUCGAUUUACAUCCUUCUGAACCCUGGAUGCUAUGUUCCUUGUACAACGGAAAUAUAAACGUAUGGAACCAUGAAAACCAGCAACUAGUUAAAAACUUUGAGGUCUGUGAUUUACCCAUUAGAACAGCAAAGUUUAUUCCGAGAAAGAACUGGAUUGUGGCUGGUUCAGAUGAUAUGCAAAUUAGGGUGUUUAAUUAUAAUACUUUAGAAAGAGUUCAUACUUUUGAAGCUCAUUCUGAUUAUCUACGAAGCAUCGUAGUUCAUCCAACUCAGCCAUACAUUCUCACUAGUAGUGAUGAUAUGUUAAUAAAGUUAUGGAACUGGGAAAAAUCAUGGGCUUGUCAGCAAGUUUUUGAAGGACAUUCCCAUUAUGUCAUGCAAAUUGCACUUAAUCCUAAGGAUAACAAUACAUUUGCAAGUGCUUCACUUGAUAGGACACUUAAAGUUUGGCAGUUAGGUGCUGCUACAGCUAAUUUUACUUUGGAAGGGCAUGAAAAAGGGGUAAAUUGUGUUGAUUACUACCAUGGUGGUGACAAGCCCUAUCUGAUAUCAGGAGCAGAUGAUAGACUUGUAAAAAUAUGGGACUAUCAAAAUAAAACUUGUGUGCAAACAUUAGAAGGUCAUGCUCAAAACAUAAGUGCUGUAUGCUUUCAUCCAGAGCUUCCCAUUGUAUUAACAGGCAGUGAAGAUGGUACUGUAAGAGUUUGGCAUACAAACACACAUCGUCUUGAAAGUAGUCUUAAUUAUGGUUUUGAAAGGGUGUGGACAAUUUGCUGUCUUAAAGGUUCAAAUAAUGUGGCUUUGGGUUAUGAUGAGGGCAGCAUUCUGGUGAAAGUCGGCCGUGAGGAGCCAGCAGUUAGCAUGGAUGCUAGUGGAGGCAAAAUAAUAUGGGCACGGCACUCAGAACUUCAACAGGCCAACUUGAAAGCGUUACCCGAAGGGGCUGAAGUUCGAGAUGGGGAACGUCUUCCCGUGGCCGUCAAAGACAUGGGGGCAUGCGAGAUUUAUCCACAGACAAUCCAACAUAAUCCUAACGGGCGUUUUGUCGUCGUUUGUGGAGAUGGUGAAUACAUUGUGUAUACAGCAAUGGCUUUGAGAAACAAGGCAUUUGGUAGUGCACAGGAAUUUGUGUGGUCACAAGAUUCAAGUGAAUAUGCGAUUCGAGAAGCAGGAUCAACGAUUAGGAUUUUUAAAAAUUUCAAAGAAAAGAAAAACUUCAAGCCCGACUUUGGAGCGGAAGGUAUCUUUGGUGGUUGGCUUUUAGGAGUGAAGUCUGUGUCAGGACUGACCUUCUACGAUUGGGAUACUCAGGAUUUAGUUAGAAGGAUUGAUAUACAACCCAAGGCUGUCUUUUGGUCAGAUAGUGGUAAACUCGUAUGUCUAGCUACCGAUGACAGCUUCUUUAUUUUAAGUUAUGAUGCUGAUCAAGUUCAGAAAGCUAGAGAGGCAAACCAAACAUCUGAAGAUGGAAUUGAAACUGCAUUUUCAGUCUUAGGAGAAGUAAAUGAAACUGUAAAAACGGGAUUGUGGGUUGGAGACUGUUUCAUAUACACAAACGCAGUAAAUCGUAUAAAUUAUUACGUGGGCGGAGAACUAGUUACUAUAGCCCAUUUGGAUCGUCCUUUGUAUCUUUUGGGGUAUGUACCUCGAGAUGAACGUCUUUACCUCAUCGAUAAGGAACUCGGUGUGGUCAGUUAUCAAUUGCUAGUGUCUGUAUUGGAAUAUCAGACGGCUGUUAUGCGUAAAGAUUUCUCUGUGGCCGAUAAAGUAUUACCGUCAAUCCCAAAAGAGCAUCGAACGCGUGUGGCGCACUUCUUAGAAAAGCAGGGCUUCAAACAACAAGCCCUAGCCGUCAGUACCGAUUUAGAACAUAAGUUUGACUUGGCAGUUUCUCUUAAAGAUUUAAAUACUGCCCAUGCCCUCGCCAAAGAAGCAAAUAGUUCACAAAAGUGGAAUCAACUUGGAGAACUUGCUAUUGCUUCCAAUGACCUUAAAUUAGCCAAGGAAUGCAUGAAAAGUGCACAGGAUUUCGGAGGAUUAUUGUUGAUAGGAACUAGUACUGGUGACGAAAAAUUAGUUCAAGAGUUAGGACAAGCCACUCUUUCAGAAGGAAAAAACAAUUUAGCAUUCUUGUCGUACAUGUUGCUGGGUGAUUUACAUAAAUGUCUCGAUAUUUUGAUAGAGACAAGUAGGUUACCAGAGGCAGCAUUCUUUGCUCGUUCCUAUUUGCCCGAUCAAGUAUCACGUGUAGUUAAAUUGUGGCGUGAACAAUUAAGUUCUGUCAAUGAAAAAGCUGCUCAGAGUCUUGCGAACCCUGACGAUUACGAGAAUUUAUUCCCUGGACUCCAAGACGCCAUAGACGCCCAACAUUUUUUUGAGAAGGAAUUAAAAAAUCCACCAUUAGCUAAAGAAGCCAUGCAAAUAACACCCAAUCAUGAAAGGCAUCUUGUUGAGGAAAUGAAAACUGCCAGAUCUCCUCAAAAACAACAACAACUUUUGAUAAAUUUAUCACAAGACGUCAGUUCUACCAAGUCCAAAACUCAUACGGUGGAUGAACUUGCAAAUUCUGAAAUACACGCUGCUCCCCCGGUCUAUGACGAUGACCUGGACUUGGAUCUUGAAGGCAUGAAUUUAGAUGAUAAUAUCGAUACGUCGGAUAUUAAUAUAGAUGAUGACCUGUUGACCGAUUGAACUAAUAAUUUUCUUUCUUAUAAAAAACUGAA